AUGUCUGCUGUUGAAACCAAACCAGUUAUUGAAGAAAGAAUUUACAUUGGAAAUGUUGAUUACAAGGCAACUGAAGAUGAUUUGAGAGAACUCUUUAGUGAAUUGAAUGUCACCGAAGUUGAUAUCCCAACUAAGAACAUCUACAGCAAUAAAAAGGUUUUAAACAAGCCAUUGGGAUUUGCCUUCGUCCAGUUCGAAACCAAGGAUGAUGCAGACAAGGUUAUUGAAGAAUUCAACGGAAAGGAGUUUAAGGGAAGAAAGGUCUAUGUGAAGAAGGCUGUCCCUCCUCCAACUGAAGAGGAAAAACAAAAGAAGUUGGAGGAAUUCAGAGCCAAGACCUUAGCCGCGAAGGAAAAGAAAAAGAAGGCUGCCGCUGAAGCUGCUGCUGCUGCUGCUGCUUCUGCUACUGCUGUAAGUGCGGAUGCGACUACCGCUGAGGCUGAUGGUGCAACUGAAGGUACAACUGAAUCUAAAAAGAAGAAGCCUGCAAAGAAGCGUUCGCCAAGACCACCAAAAUUACCAUUGGAAGAAGGUACCAAGUCAACUGAUACUGUUUUCAUUACGAACCUACCAUUUGACGCCAACAUCAAGACUUUGACAGGUGUGUUCAAGGAUUACAAGCCCGUAUGGAUCCAUGUUCCACUCAGAAAGCCUCCAUACAGGAGAUCGGCUCAGGCUAAGGUUCAAAGUAAACCUCAAAAGAAUAAGGGUAUUGCAUUUAUCAAAUUUUCUGACGAAGAUUUGCAAAAGAAGGCCAUUGAAGAAUUCAAUGGAAUUGAAAUUGGCGAGAGAAAGAUUGUAGUUGACGUAGCUGUUGACGCAAGAAUUCCUGUAGAAGGGGCCAAGGAAGAAAAUGGAGAGAAAGAAGGUGAAGAAAAGGAGGUCAAGGAGGAGGUUGAAAUCGUAGAAGAAACUGCAUAA